AUGCGAGCUCUUCGUUUCCAUGGUAGGGAGGAUGUCCGCUUGGAUGAAGUCAGUGAGCCUAGCUGUAGGAAGGGUCAGGUUAAGGAAUAUGUGGUAGCGGUAAAUUAUCAAACAAUCCUUCCUCUACUUCAGAUUCUCAUCGACAUAGAUCUCCAUGAAUAUCUCACCGGACCCUCGGCAGUUCCUGUCACGCCACAUCCGAUUACAGGCGCCAAGCUCCCGACAACAUUGGGGCAUGAAUUCAGUGGAACGAUAGAAGAGAUCGGAGAAGGCGUGGUCAGCCUGAAAGUUGGAGACAGGGUAGCUAUUAAGCCAAAUCUUUCUGAUGGCUCAUGUUCGCGGUGCGCUAUGGGGAGGCAGAACAUCUGCAGCAGUCUGGGCUUUAUUGGAUAUAGCAGUGAGGCUGGUGGUAUGUCCGAUCAUGCUGUCAUUGACGAAAAGCACGCGAUCAAGCUACCGGAUACGAUGUCUCUAGAUAUUGGAGGUAUGUAUGUCAGAUUGGGGUCGUAUGAUGGAACCUGGUCUUCGCUGACGCCAGCAGCAUUGGUGGAGCCUCUCGCCGUCGCAUGGCAUGCAGUGGGUCGCAGCCCCCUCAAAGCCGGAGACACAGCUCUUAUUGUUGGAGCUGGGCCCAUCGGGCUAGCGAUCGUGCAGGUAUUGAAAGCUCGAGGAGCUGAGACCAUCAUCGUGGUCGAGAUCUCAGAGCAGCGUCGACAAUUUGCCCAAAACUUUGGUGCAUCUCAUGUCCUCGAUCCUCGGAAGGUAGAUGCCGUUGCACGGAUCCGGGAGAUUACUGGUCAACGACAGGGUGUUUCAGUUUCCUUUGAAACAUCUGGGGUGCAAGCUGGACUGGAUACAGUCAUGGCGGGUCUUCGGGCCCGUGGAACGGCGGUUAUCGUGUCACUGUGGGAUGAAAAGCCGAUCAUCAAUGCAUUUAUUGAUAUAGUACUCGGGGAGAAACAUGUCACAGGUGCGGCGGUAUAUGACGAGGGAGAUUUUGAAGCCGUGAUUGAAGCAAUAAGAUCUGGCAAAAUUCAGCCGCGACCGAUGAUUACUAGCAAGAUUGGGAUGGCUGAAGUGGCAGAGAAGGGGUUCAGGGCACUAAUUAAUCACCGCGACCAGCAUGUCAAGAUCUUAGUGGAUAUUUCUAUUGGGCACCUAGAACUCCAAGAGUGA